CAGCGCAGAGGGAAGAAGAAGAGGAGGAGGACAAAAGGAAACUGACUGACUGAAGCUUUUUUUUCUGACUUUUUGACGCAUUGGGGAACUUUUUGUCCAUGUCACCAGCAAACCCGAGGCCAGCACUCCCAUCAGCCUGUAGCCACGCUCUUUGCCUUUUCUACGGAUUAAUUUAACCAGACUGGGAUUCCAUGUAAGUGCAAGCCUGGUUAUGGAUUUUAACCUGCUGACGGACAGUGAAGCUCGCAGCCCCGCGCUGUCGCUCUCUGACUCCGGGACCCCGCAGCACGACCCGGGAUGUAAGGGCCAGGACGCCAGCGACACAGAGAAAUCCCACCAGAACCAGCUGGACGAGUCGAGCGCAGAGGACGGCUCGCUGAAGAAGAAGCAGCGGCGGCAGAGGACUCACUUCACCAGCCAGCAGCUCCAGGAGCUGGAGGCCACCUUCCAGAGAAACCGCUACCCCGACAUGAGCACCAGAGAGGAGAUUGCCGUGUGGACCAACCUCACCGAGGCCCGGGUCAGGGUAUGGUUCAAGAACCGUCGUGCCAAGUGGAGAAAGCGGGAGAGGAACCAGCAGGCAGAGUUAUGCAAAAAUGGUUUUGGAGCCCAGUUCAAUGGACUCAUGCAGCCCUACGAUGACAUGUAUACGGGCUACUCCUACAACAACUGGGCUACCAAGAGCCUAGCAAGCAGCCCGCUCUCCGCCAAGAGCUUCCCGUUCUUUAACUCAAUGAAUGUAAGCCCCCUGUCCUCCCAGCCCAUGUUCUCGCCACCCAGCUCCAUCCCCUCUAUGAACAUGGCCUCCAGCAUGGUGCCCUCAGCGGUGGCCGGGGUUCCCACCACUGGGCUCAACAACCUGGGCAACCUCAAUAACCUCAACAGCCCAACGGCGCUCAACUCCGUAGCGGUGACAGCAGCCACGUGCCCCUACGCCACCACAGCCAGCCCCUAUAUGUACAGAGACACCUGCAACUCCAGCCUGGCCAGCCUGCGGCUCAAGGCCAAGCAGCACGCCAACUUUGCAUAUCCGGCUGUGCAGAACCCCGUGUCCAACUUGAGCCCCUGCCAAUAUGCCGUGGACCGGCCGGUAUGAAGACGCAGCUUCAAUGAGGAUCCGACGACCAGCUGUAAGUCCACUACCACUAAAAUUACAUCUCGUCAAUUCCAUCUCUGAGCUGCUGGACGAGCUGCAGGCUGGCAGAUUGUGUUGUGAUGGUAGAAAGAAUCAUCCUCAAAACUGACAAAUAUACACGUAAACACGCCCAGAAGGACCACCGCGCUUCAGAGGAAUUCUCUCCCGUUUGUGAGACUUUGUCGCUGAACUGACCAAGUGCUUCAAAGGAUUUCUAAAGAUUAUAAUACACAUUUUUUUUCUUCUUUUGAACUGCAUGAUUAGAGUAAACGUAGAAACCAAGGGUAAAUAAAACAUGGAUGCGUCAACUGGACUGGCGGUCAACUUUGGCCCAAAAAUACCAAAUGCUUCUAUCGCAGGAGAAAGGGACCUGUGGUUGCAAUGCGGGAGAAAUGGAGGAUGUAUAUAAUGGACUUUUUUCUGUUUUGUAUGUGACAAAAAUAUAUGAAAAUGUACUUUAAAGAUGAGAAAAGCAUGCUCUUCAAAAGCAAAAGGCCCUAGGUUGAUGUACUGUGAGCAAAUCCUUUAGGAACUUUAGACCUGGAGAGUGAACACAUUAACCUCAAAAUCAAAAAUUUAGUCACACAUUUAACAGAUUUUUUUUCCAAGUAAAACUCUAAAAAGCCAUUGAGUAUAUAGAUUUGUGUGCUGUUAUACAAAGGGAGUCCAUGACUGUAAAAUAUUGUAUGUAAGAGUGCAGUUGUCAUAACAAAAAAACAAGCUUUUUUUCCCGAUGUAGCCUGCUUUG